AUGGAUUAUUAUAAGCAAUAUGCUAAGAAAUCAGGGUUUGGGGUAAUGAUAAGAAGGACUGAUAAGGGGGAUGAUGAGACUGUCCGAUAUGUCACGCUUGGUUGUGCCCGUGGGGGGAAGGCUAGGAAUAGGACGUUGAAUGUCGCUAGACCACGUCCAACGGGAAAAACAGAAUGUAAGGCAAAGAUUAAUGCCUUAAAAGUUGAUGGAAAGUUCCGGAUGACAACAGUUCAUAAUAUUCAUAACCAUGGCCUUAGUCCAAAUAAAUCUCGCUUCUUUCGAUGUAAUAGAGAAGUGAGUGACUCUGUAAAAAGAGUCCUAGAUAUAAACGAUAUGGCUGGCAUCCGAAUGAAUAAAAGUUUCGGAUCUCUCGUCGUUGGCGCUGGUGGAUUCGAGAACCUUCCAUUUUUAGAGAAGGAUUGUCGUAAUUAUAUCGACAAUGCAAGACAUCUAAGGCUUGGGAAAGGUGGUGCUGAAGCGCUUCGAGAGUAUUUUUGUAGGAUGCAGUACAAAAAUCCUGGUUUCUUUGCACUGAUUGAUUUGGAUGAUGACGGGAGGUUAAGGAAUGUCUUUUGGGCAGACCCCCGUAGUAGGGCAGCCUACCAAUAUUUCGGGGAUGUGGUGACAUUCGACACUACAUACCUGAUAAAUAGGUAUGGGAUGCCCUUUGCACCAUUUGUUGGGGUAAACCACCAUGGGCAGUCAAUUCUGUUGGGAGCAGGAUUGAUUUCCAGUGAGGAUACAGAGACAUUUGUGUGGUUAUUCCAGACGUGGUUGCAGUGUAUGGAUGGUAUCGCUCCGAAAGCUAUUAUCACCGAUCAGGACAGAGCGAUGAAAAAUGCAAUUGCUAUUGUCUUUCCUGAAAGCCGACAUCGACUUUGUUUGUGGCAUAUUCUGAAAAAAGUUCCCGAGAAGCUGUCCUCUUAUGCUUCCUACAAAAGUGUGAUGAAGAAUGCAUUGAUGAAAUGUGUGUAUGAUACACAAACUGUUGAUGAGUUUGAGAAAUGUUGGGAUCAUUUUAUCACCUCUUACAAGUUGCAUGAGAACGCUUUCAAGUUUAUACACUGA